AUGUCAAUUUUCAUUGUGGAGGGGCGAUGCGACUGUGCGCGACUCGCGCGCUGUCAGUUGCUGUCUGAAAGACUCUCGGCGCUUAUCCCCUCGGUUUCAGUAAAAUUUUACCUCUUUGAGCCUGAAGCGUACCUUGAGCGACUCAAAUGCAUUGCGCGGAGCUUCCCUUCCUGCGACCAAACAGAUAAUUCAGGCGCGCCAGUAAUAUAUACGGCUGACGGACAAUUUUUGGGGGACGAUAAAGCUUUCAUCCGUUUUGUGACAGAUAAAUACAAAAUAGAGGAGGCAGAGCCUGACCUAGAGGGUGAUGCGAUGCAAGUGGCCUUGCAAGGUUCAGUCGAUUUCAACACUGCAGAACUGCGCCGCAAAAAACAUUUGCAGUCCAACGGAAUGCCUAUAAAAGAUCAGGCAGAGGCGAUUACUGAGGCACUCGCUGCCGCCUCGCUUAUGAAGCCAAUUUUACCAGUUCACGCGCCUUUACAAGACGGGGGUGACCCACCGCAGACAGGGUGCCUUCAGCGAGAAAAAGGUACCCCUGUUCAUGGCUUCAAGCUGAUACCCGACAUUCGUUUUGCGCAGGCUGUAGAUGGCGGCUCUCACUUUACCGUUUGGAGCUCUGUUUUUUCUCACAAGAGGAGUAAAAUAGGCAGCAACUGUGUACAGAAGCAGAGUGAAAUGGUGCCGGGGAGCUUGCUCCUAGACGCAACUAUCCCUCUAGGCUCUGUUGGGAGUGCCUGCGAAUUCCGCCUGCUGGUGCACGAUGAGCCUCUGUCCCGAAACCAAAUGGCCCUUGUGCCUUGCAAGUGUCUUCGCCAGACGCUUCGGCUUUGCAAACCACAAAUAAAAGUGAUUGCUCUUGUUGCUGGUAACUACCCCGACCCUUUGGCAGUGGCCGCACAGUGUACAUUGGCCGACGCAUUUAGCCCCCAAGAGGGGCAUACGAAGAUUUUGUCGGUGGUCACGCUGUGUUUUCAUUAUGCCACAGAGCCGCAGUUGGAGACCCUCCUAUGUGACGUCGCGAUCAGGUGCCAGAAUAUGUCUAAAACUGUGUCAUGGUUCUUUCGAGAUGAGCUGUUAGGCGACUCUCUCCCUGAUGGUAUACACAAAUUGCAAGCCGGAAACAAACAGGAUAUUCAGUGCUGGAGCGGACCGCAGGAAGAGAGUCAGGCUCUGCAGGUGGCAGAACUCACCGUGGAUAUAUGUCUUAUCCUCGGAGACUUUGAUAAGAUUCUAGAAGGGACGAAACAGGCCCUCAUUGCUCUUGGAUGCUUGGCAAGACAGCUUCAGAUAGACACCCUAGACCUUGCGCAGGUAAACAACCUCUGCCACCAUGGUACACCACGCGAUGAUGAAUACGAUGGAAUUUUCCCUCAGCUGGAGAACAGCCACUAA